AUGAAGAAGGUCCAAAACUUCAAGGCGGGCCUUGUCGAGGCGUACCGGACCGACCCGAACCUCAACAGGGCGCGUAGCUGGGUCGGGCCCAUCGCGCGUCGCCUGCCCUCGGCCACGGCGGAGUACCUCGUCGAGAAGCUGCCCGUCGCGAGCUGGCUGCCGCACUAUGACUACAAGUGGUUGUUGCGGGAUGUCAUUGCCGGUAUCACGGUGGGCGUGAUGCUCAUCCCGCAGGGGCUGGCCUACGCUAAGAUUGCGACCAUUCCUGUCGAGCAUGGCCUGUACUCAAGUUGGAUCCCCUCGGCAUUGUACUUUUUCCUGGGGACGUCUAAGGAACUGUCCGUCGGCCCGACAAGUAUUCUCGGCCUCCUGACGGCAGAGGCCGUGGCGGACAUUUCCAAGGAAGGCUAUGCGCCGGCCGAUAUUGCUUCCGGCAUCUCGUUCAUGGUAGGCGUUUACGCCCUGUGCAUCGGCCUUCUCAAGCUCGGCUUUCUGUUCGACUUCGUCUCCGGCCCCGUACUGUCAGGCUGGAUCUCGGCAGUGGCCUUGGUCAUCGGCCUCGGGCAGGUUGGCUCGCUUGUCGGGCUCAAGACGGGCUCCGGCACUGCGCAGAUCAUUCGCGACGUGUUGGGCCACCUCGGCCGCAUCAAGCCCCUGACACUUGCCAUUGGCUUCACGGGCCUCGCGGUUCUCUAUGCGCUCGAGAAGAUGGGCACAACGUGGGGCAAGAAGAACAAGUGGAUCAAGUUCAUCAGCACCAGCCGUGCCGUGAUUGUGCUCUUCGUCUACACGCUCAUCUCGUGGUUGGUGAACCGCAAUCUGGAUAAAGAUUCCUACAAGUGGGACUUGGCGCAGCCUCACACGAACGGCAUCCUGGCACCACGCGCACACGACAAUGAGCUGUUGUCCAAGGUGUUUGCGCGCUCCUUUGCGCCCCUCAUCGCCAUGAGCGUGGAGCAUCUCGGCGUUGGCAAGGCGUUUGGCCUGCGCAGCAACUACAAGAUCGACCAGAGCCAGGAGCUCUUCUACCUGGGCGUGGAGAACAUUGUCAACAGCUUCUUUGGGUCCAUGACGACUGGCGCCGCCAUGUCGCGGACGGCAGUCAAUAACUCGUGCGGCGUGCACUCGCCGGUCAACUUUCUCUUCACCGCGGGCUGGAUCCUGCUUACACUCUACGAGCUGAGCGGCGUCCUUUACUGGAUUCCCAAGGCGACACUAUCAGCUAUCAUUAUCAUGGCGGUUGUGCAUUUGAUCUCUCCACCACGCCUCUUCUACCGCUACUGGCGCAUGAGCUUCAUCGACUUUGUCGCCUCGCAGGUCGGUUUCUGGGUGACGCUCUUCACGUCGACGGAAAUCGGUCUUGCCGCGUCUGUGGGCUUUAGCAUCGUGUACACGCUCCUUCGGCUCGCGUUCCCGCGCUGGGUCGGGCUGUCCCACAUGGACACGGAGAACACGCACUGGACGGUACCAAACCACGAGGCGGCAUCCAGCGUCGACGUCCCCGCGGACGCAUACAUGGUGCGCUUCACCGAGGACGUGCUCUUCGCCAACGCAGAGCGCGUCAAGUCGGCCGUCGUCGAGUCAGUCAAGGUGCACUACGAGCCAGCUUCAGACGCGGCGCUGGACGUUUCGGGGGCGGCGCCGGAGCGGCGGUGGAACUCGUACGCCAGCAAGACGGUCGGGCGGGUGCGCAAGCGCAAGGGCAUCACGCCGCUGCACGGCGACGUGUGCCCGCUGCGGCACGUGGUGCUGGACUUUGGCAUGGUGUCCUUCAUCGACAUCACGGGCGUGCUGACGCUCAUCGAGCUCAAGAUGGAGCUGCGGCGCUACGUGGGCAAGGACCUGCAGUUCCGGUUCGUCAACAUGUCGGAGCCGGUGAGGGAGCGCUUCGCGCGCUCGCAGUGGGAGCUGGCCAAGGCGGGCGAGGAGCGCACGGGCGAGGCGGACGUCUUGUACCCGACGCUGGAGAUGGCGCUGCACCACCGCGGCGACGACAAGAUGGAGCUGGUCAAGGAGAAGACGAUGGAUGUCUAG